AUGUCCAAGUCAAAAUUCUGCAUAGCGAUUGUGGGCUCUGCGUACAGAUUCCCUGGAAGCCCCACCUCGCCUUCGAAGCUGCGGAAUCUCCUUAAGGAUCCCAAAGAUAUUCGCACACAAUUUGACCCUGAAAAUCUUAACCUAUCUCGCUCCUACGACUCUAAUGGCGAAGUUCAUGGCGCCACGUAUGUCAAUAACCGGGCAUUCCUGCUCUUGAAGAUAGACUCUUUGACCCGGCGUAUCAGCCUCGUUGAGGCAGAGGCCGCUGGUAAUACACUUAACCAGAUGAGAGGGUCAAAGGCCUCUGUGAAUAUCGGCGUAAUGACGGGCGACCCCUGCGAUAUCCAAAUGCGCGACUUUGAAACGGUUUCCCAGUAUUGUGCUACUAGGACAGGCCGUAUUAUCCUAUCAAAUCUGGUUAUAAUGUUAUUCGUUAUCUUACGGAUCACUAGCUAUAAGUCCACGCAGCGAUACAAGGAAUAA